AUGGAGGUGACGGCCCAAGCCCUGGGCUCCGCCAUGGCGGCGCGCGGCUCCACCGUAAGGGUCAACGCCGGCACCCGCUUCACGCACUGCUCCCAGGUGCUGGCCGCCCUAGCGGUGUCGCUGGGCCCGUUCGCCGCGGGGCUGGGCAAGGGCUACAGCUCGCCGGCCAUCGCGUCGCUGCAGGAGCAACAGCGCGUGCCCCUUGACCCCGGAGGGGCGGCGGGGGCCGUGGGGGGCGGCGGGGGCGGCACGAGCUUCACGGUGUCGCCGCAGCAGGCCAGUUGGGUGGCGUCGCUGUCGCUGCUGGGCGCGCUGUUCGGCGGGCUGCUGGGCGGUAUGGCGAUGCGCUACGGGCGGCGCAAGGUCCUGCUCGUCACCGCCGUGCCUUUCAGCGCCUCCUGGCUCGUCACCGUCUUCGCCACCAGCGUCGAGAUGAUGUUCGUCACCGCCUUCGUGGGCGGCUUCUGCUGCUCCAUCGUGCUGCUCGUCACGCAGGUGUACGUGAGCGAGAUCGCGGGCCCCGACAUCCGCGGCUGCCUGAGCGCGGUGCUCAAGAUGGUGGGGCAGGUGGGCGUGCUGCUGAGCUUCCUGGGCGGCGCCUACCUGGACUGGCGGCAGCUGGCCAUGGUGGUGGCCGUGGCGCCCGUCAUGCUGUUCGUGAGCGUGCUGUACGUGCCCGAGACGCCGUCCUACCUGGUGCUGGCCGGCAAGGACGACGAGGCCGCCCGCGCGCUGCAGUGGCUGCGCGGGCCCGACGCCGACGUGGGCCCCGAGCUCGCCGUCAUCCGGUCCAACAUCCUGGACGACGGGCCGCCGCGCAGCCCCGCCUCCUUCGUGGCGGCCGGCCACAAGCUGCUGCGGCCCGCGCUCACCACCUGCGGCCUCAUGCUCUUCCAGCGCUUCUCCGGCGCGCAGGCCUUCCAGUUCUACGCCGUGCCCAUCUUCCGGCAGACCUUCGGCGGCAUGAGUCCGCACGGCGGCGCCAUCGCCGUGGCCUUCGUGCAGCUGCUGGCCUCGCUGCUGUCCGGCCUGCUCAUCGACACCGUGGGCAGGCUGCCGCUCCUCAUCGCCUCCUCCGUCUUCAUGUCCAUGGCGCUGGCCGGCUUCGGCUCCUUCGCCUACUACAUGGACGCGCAGGGCGACCGGAUGGCGGCGCUGGGCGGCAGCCACGACUGGAUCCCGCUGCUGUGCGUGCUCGUCUUCACCGUGGCCUUCUCGCUGGGCAUCAGCCCCAUCUCCUGGCUGCUCAUCUCCGAGCUGUUCCCGCUGCAGUACCGCGGCGUGGGGUCGUCGCUGGCCACCAGCUUCAGCUACGCGUGCGCCUUCGUGGGCGUCAAGACGUUCGUGGACUUCCAGCAGGCGCUGGGGCUGCACGGCGCCUUCUGGCUGUACGCCUUCAUCUCGGUGUGCGGGCUCUGCUUCGUGGUGUGCUGCGUGCCCGAGACCAAGGGCCGCGGCCUGGACGAGAUGCGCUGGAACACGGCGGCCACCACCACCAACACGGCCUCGGCGGCCGCGGGGGUGCGCCUCGCGCCUCAGGGUCCUCAAUACCUUGACUUUGUAACUAAGGAAAUUACACUGUCAAGUAUUUUAGUACUUAAGCUAACUGAUACAUAUUCAUCAGUUGCAAAAGCAGACAAUCAACAUGCUGGCUAG